UUGUUGAUUCAGUUGAGGGGAUAUGCGCUGAGGUGCUGAUGAGACAUGCCAGAUUUCCUGACUCCAGCUUCACUAGUUUUCAUUUCUCUGAUGAGUUUGAGACUGUGCUGUGUACAAUACAGAGUAAUUUGGACAGGAUUCCUGCCAGUGCAAAAAACUUCUCCAUCUGAUUUCCAAAGAUAGAAUUGGAGAACGGGUUCAGUUAUCCUAAGAGUAUGAUAAGACUGUACCUUUCUUUUAUGGGCCUGUUAUAAAGUGUGAUUGGGUGAUGAGUGUAGUUACAUGCCUACAAAAAGGUUGAGGGGAUGAUUUAAAAAUACGUGGAAGAAAGAAAAAUUUAAAAGUCUAGUCUAGGUGUAUUCUUUAAGCAUACGACCCAGAAUUUUUUGUUUUUGUUAAUCACAGCUUAAAAAAUUGUUUGUAUUAUGUCCUUGUCUACGUGGAUAACCUCCUGGGCUCCCAUUCUGAUUUUCAUUACUGUGGAGUGCGUUUUGGUGCCUUUAAUGCAGUACAGUAUUAAAGUAUAUUUAUUUCACUAAUAGCAUACUACAUAGUAUUAUAAUGUUCCUAGAUAAGGCUUAUUAAGCUCUUGCUAUGUUCCAGGCACUGUAGGUGAGAUGUAUUGAUUCUCUGGGGUUAAAUCAUUUAGCCAUUAGGAACUAUUUGAAAAAAGAAGGUUCCGGACCACUUCAAGGAAUGGUACCAAUUCAGUCCCAUACCCUCAGUAUCCCUACUAGCAUUUACAGUCACUGAUAUCUAUAAUGACGACCCUGGCCCGUGAAGAAAGUUAGGUUACAUUCAAUAUACAUAUUCCAUACUCUUUAAGUCUUUAAAGAGUACUUUUAAGGUUCACCUCCUAUCUUAUCGGUUUGUCAUAGUGUGGUAACUUCAGUGUUGCUGUAAUCCUGGAAGCAAGGUCAUCCAUGAUAGGUUUCAGUGGGGCUCCCAGACUAAGACAGACUAGAAAGAAAAGCCGGGCAGUCUGCUUCUGAAAAUGAGCCAAUGAAAACCCUAUGGAUCACAACAGAAUAUUGUUCAACAUAAUCCUGGAAGAUGAGCCCCCUGGGUUGGAAGACAUUCAAAAUGCACAGUGGCCGCAACAGUGAACUUGAGCAGUCAAUGAACUUGAACGAUUGUGAAGAUGUUUUAAAGGACACCUUGGAAAAAAAAGGUGUAUUAGGGCAUUUAAAAGCAAGAAUCCGAGCUGAAGUUUUUAAUGCCCUAGAUGAUGAACGUGAACCUCGACCUCCAUUGUCUCAUGAAAACCUUCUAAUUAAUGAAUUAAUUCGGGAGUAUUUGGAAUUCAAUAAAUAUAAGUAUACAUCGUCUGUCCUUGUAGCAGAAUCUGGUCAACCUGUAGUUCCACUGGACAGACAGUUUCUCAUCCGUGAACUGAACUUAUUUGAAGAACCAAAAGAUAAUACAAUACCUCUUUUGUAUGGAAUUUUAGCUCAUUUCUUGCAUGGAUCUAAGGACGGCCUCCAGAAUGCGCUUCUGAAAGGGCCUUCACUUCAGCAUCCAAGCCCAAACCCAGGCAGACAGCCUAGUAGAAGAAAGCAAAUGGAUGAUCACCUAGGAAAGGGGAAGGGAAAAAGUAUUAAUUUUGAAGAUCUAGAAGUUUCUCAAGCAGUGAAGAGAUGACACUUCCAUUUGGGGCAUCUUUUGUCUUAAAGUUGUACGUAUUAAAUAACUUAUUUAUUGUCCCAGUGUUACCAAAAUGUACCGCUAAUAUGUGUAUCUUGUAGAAAUUUGAGUUUUCUGCAAAACACUUAAGGCUUCAUAUUUUUCAGCACUUGUUAAUAAAAGUUAGCUGUCAUCUAGCUUAUUGGAUUUGAUGUGAUAUAAAACGAGUGUUCUUUUAGGAAGUAUUUUAAAGCUCCCUAACAACAACAUAUUUGUGAGAAGUGCAAGGGCUUUUUUUGUACCUUGUACGUUCUUCUUUAAAAAAAAACAAAACAGGUCUUAUAGCCAUAUGCUUGAAACUUCUUUCAGCUGGAAUUAUGUGGAUUUGCAGGAAAAGUCAGUUUUUAAAAAAUACUUAAAUGAACACUAAAAUGUAAUUCCUAUAAAGUUUGAUUUGUUUUUUAACUAGCUAUUUUUCACAUAACCAUUUACAAUUACAUUUAAAUGCCUGAAUUACUAUCUAAAGUUGAACUUUUAAACUAGGUAACAAUGUACUUUUUCUUUCCUUGGAGCAUUUUGGCUUCUACUGGAAGAUUUAAUUAAAAGGUAGAAGGGGAAAAAAUUCUUUUAAUUUUGCUGUAAGUAAAACAAAGAGUUGAUUUUAUUAUAUAAAGAAUGUGAAAUAAACAUGAAGAGACAGGCUUUGGGAGAAAUACCAAAAAGUACCUUUUAAAAGAUGGCAUUGUUUAAGCUCCACAUGGCCUUCAGUUGUGCAAUAACAAGAUGAGCUAUGAAAGGGCCAACCGCUACUUGUUUGGGCCCUUAUUAAACAUCAGUUUUAUUCUUGGAAUAGAACAAUUGUCAUUGCUAUCUCUAAAAUGCCACAUUAAUAUUUAUUAAAGAAGUUUUUAUAAUGUAGAGUCUACAGACUCAUUUCACUGAAAACAUCUAUUACAGUAGACAGCUCCUGAUGAGCAAGAGUCUUAUGGUGUACUCAGAAUAAAACAAUGCACAGGUACCUAUACACUGACAACUUUUAGCUUAAAUGUUUUCCACUGGGAAGAGUGAUAAGGGUUAUAGUCAGGGAAAUUGGCAUUGUCUUCAGGGUGUCGAUUCUGUACAGUGUUUGCAAAUUACCGAAUGCAGAAAAUUAUUACGCUAAUCCUCUUAAGCUGUACUUUACAAGAGAGAGGACUUUGAGAGGCCCUGUUGGUGGACUAAAAUCAUAUAUACAUGUGGAAGUAUUCUAAGGGCCAAUUUCCAUUUUCAAAUGAAAUAUGUAAUAUCUGACACAAUUAUGAAUGUCAUAAUGUAUGUGGGGAUAUAAAUAUCUGAAUUCUUCCUAGAGGGCUUGGUUUACAUUCAAGGAUGUUGGCAGUGGACACUAGUUUGCCUCAGGAAUUGCAGUCGUGCAAGACUAGAUUAAGCAAGAAUGCCGGAGUUUAUAAUUUUGGUUGCUGAUAGAAAAUCAUCAAAAUGGUAGCUGAACAGGAUUGUCGUGGGUAGUCCAUAGUCCUUUUGUAUGCAUUUUUCUGUAACUUGUUUGUGCCUAGGCAACUUUUAUACUUUGAAUAUAUCACUUAAUAAAGAAAAAAUUUUUGAACAACUCAA